AUGAGAAGUCUUAUUCUCAACAUGCUCUUCAUUUUCCUUUGGAUCAUCCCCAUUUGUGGAGGGAACUACCAAUUCACGGAGACUAAACCGACUUGGAGAAAGAACGGGACCCCAGACAUCACUAACUUGACCUACAGUGCCACAUUAUCGUGUUCGUUGAACGUCACCUGGUGUUACAGUGCCGCCUACAGAGAACACGAUUUUUUCUCCCAAGACGAAGUUUUACACAUUCAGGAAUUCAGUUGUGGCAAUGAAUCAACGAAGAACCACACAGCAGCGUUUCAGAUCACUGGUGGAGAUGGACUCAGUUUUCAAAAAACCUACGAUAUGGAAGUGUAUAUGUUCCACAACUGCACUAAAACAACCAAAACAGUGAAAACUUGGCGUGGCUUCCCUGUCAUCCACCAUGUACAGAAAACUGGUGGCGGAACAUACAAGAUUGAUCUCACUGAUGACGGAACUUCAUUGUUUUUCCUGGGAGUUGGUAUGCAACGUGUGAAAAAGCAUCGGCAUGAGGUUUACACAUGGCUUAUGAAUCAGAAGAUUGGAGAAAGGAACGAAAACGGCCAGAAGGUUUUUUACAACAUUGCCGAGGAAGAGAGGAAAAAGAAAAAUUUUGCCGUUGCGAUGGAAGCCGCGGCCAGAAUCGCUGUGAAAACCGCUCUUGAAUCUGGAAAAAAAGCUGAUCAUCGUGCAGCUAUUCAAGUUGCUGCCAAAGCUGCAGUCAAAGCCGCGUUGGAAGCGGAAGAGCUGCUAGCCAUCUCCAAAACAACCGGAAUUUCAAAAAUUGCUAGCGAAGCCAGUGGAGAACAAAUCGUCGAAGGCAGCGGAUCCGAUUGUGAAGGAAGUGGCAUUCUGUUGGAAACCAAAGCGGUUACAACUGCAGAAGAAUACCGGAAGCUGUACGGAGAUCCACCAAAGGGGAUGUUUGAUACCAAUUAG